AUGGAGAGCCUGCUGGAGAACCCGGUGCGUGCCGUGCUCUACCUCAAGGAGCUCACGGCCAUCGUGCAGAACCAGCAGAGCCUCAUCCACACCCAGCGCCAGCGCAUCGACGAGCUGGAGCGGCGGUUGGACGAGCUAAGCGCCGAGAACCGCAGCCUGUGGGAGCACCAGCAGCUGCUGCAAGCCCAGCCUCCGCCCGGGCUCGUCCCUCCGCCGCCAGCCCCGCUGCCUGCCACCCCGGCCACCGCUGCCGCGGCCGCCGCCGCCGCCGGGGCCCAGGAACCACUCCAGAACCACGGACAGAUCUCGCCCGCCGCGCCACAGCCUGCGCCGGAGCAAUCACCGCUUCAGCACCACGGACAGCUCCUGGUGCAACCCCAGCCGGGCCCCAGCAGCAGGGCUCACGCACCCCAGUCGCCCCACCAGCACCCUGUGGCGCCCGGGGCCGUCGCAGACAAGGAGAAGGAGCGUCCCUCGGGUUGUUGCACUGCCGCUGGAACCCUCCUUCAGCACAAAUCCCCCGCCGCCCUGGGCAAGGGCGUCCUGAGCAGGAGACCCGAGAAUGAGACUGUGUUACACCAGUUCUGCUGCCCAGCUGCCGACGCUGAACAGAAGCCCGCCAGCUCCGACUUGGCCUCCCAAAGCGAUGGCUCCUGCGCCCAGGCCGGUGGGGGCAUGGAGGACUCCGUGGUGGCAGCGGCGGCGGUGGCAGCCGGCAGACCCAGUGCCCAUGCCCUGAAGGCUCAAGCCCAGGAGCUGCAGGAGGAGGAGGAGCGGCCGGGGGCGGGGGGUGCCUCCCCGAGGGCUGGCUCCCACCGCGUGGCCUCCCCCGGCCGGCAGCAGCCUGCCCUGGCGACGGCGCUCUGCUCCCACGCCCCUAACGCCUCCGAUUACGAACUCUCCCUUGACCUAAAGAAUAAACAGAUUGAAAUGCUAGAACACAAGUACGGGGGCCACCUCGUGUCCCGGCGCGCAGCUUGCACCAUCCAAACCGCCUUCCGCCAGUACCAGCUCAGCAAGAACUUUGAGAAGAUCCGCAACUCGCUCUUGGAGAGCCGCCUGCCGCGGCGGAUCUCCCUGCGCAAAGUCCGGGCGCCCAUGGCCGAGAGCCUGGCGGCCGAGAAGGCGCUCAUGGAGGGCUACGGCCUCAUGGGGCUGCCGCUGGUGCGCUCGCCCUCCCUGCCGCCCACCUUCGCGGGCACGCUCACCGAGCUGGAGGACUCCUUCACCGAGCAGGUGCAGUCCCUGGCCAAGUCCAUCGACGACGCCCUCAGCACCUGGAGCCUCAAGACCAUGUGCUCCCUGCAGGAGAGCGGCGCUUACCAGCUCCACCAGGCCCUGCACGCGGGCGCGGGACCACCGGGCCUGGAGGCCGAGAUGCGGGAGCUCGAUAGUGCCCGUCCCGCGCCUGGGGAAGCGGCCGCCGAGGCCGCCGGCCUGCCCCAGGGCCACAGCAGCACCCUCAUGAUGGCUUUCCGGGACGUCACCGUGCAGAUCGCCAACCAGAACAUCUCCGUGUCCUCCGCCGCGGCUCUGUCGGUGGCCAACUGUCUGGGCGCGCAGACCGCCCAGGCCCCGGCCGAGCCCGCGGCGGGCAAAGCCGAGCAGGGCGAGGCCCCCGGGCAGGAGCCCUCGGCUGCCGCAAGCCCUGCUCAGGGGGACGCGCCCGCCGAGAACUCGGGCGCAGAGGCCGGAGCCAGCGGGGCCUCGAGCGCCCACUCGCCUGGGGCCGCCGCGGCGGUGGCGGAGGGGGCGGAGGGGGCCGCGGCGGCGGAGGAGACCGGGGAGGUGGGGCAAGGCACCGAGGCCGAGGCCGAGGCCGGGGACAACUCGGAGCAGCUGAGCAGCAGCAGCACGUCCACCAAGUCGGCCAAGUCGGGCUCGGAAGUGUCGGCCUCAGCCUCCAAGGAGGCCCUGCAGGCCAUGAUCCUGAGCCUGCCGCGUUACCACUGCGAGAACCCGGCCAGCUGCAAGUCGCCCACGCUGUCCACCGACACUCUGCGCAAACGCCUCUACCGCAUCGGCCUCAACCUGUUCAACAUAAACCCAGACAAAGGCAUCCAGUUCCUGAUCUCUCGAGGCUUCAUCCCUGACACCCCCAUUGGAGUGGCCCACUUCCUGCUCCAGCGCAAGGGUCUCAGCCGGCAGAUGAUCGGGGAGUUCCUGGGCAACAGCAAGAAGCAGUUCAACCGCGACGUGCUGGACUGCGUGGUGGACGAGAUGGACUUCUCCAGCAUGGAGCUGGACGAGGCCCUGCGGAAGUUCCAGGCGCACAUCCGCGUGCAGGGGGAGGCCCAGAAGGUGGAGCGGCUCAUAGAGGCCUUCAGCCAGCGCUACUGCAUGUGUAACCCCGAGGUGGUACAACAAUUCCACAACCCCGACACCAUCUUCAUCCUCGCCUUUGCCAUCAUCCUCCUCAACACCGACAUGUACAGCCCCAACAUCAAGCCUGACCGCAAGAUGAUGCUGGAGGACUUUAUCCGAAACCUGCGAGGUGUGGAUGACGGUGCUGACAUCCCCAGGGAGCUGGUGGUAGGCAUCUAUGAAAGGAUACAGCAGAAGGAGCUCAAGUCCAAUGAGGACCAUGUCACGUAUGUCACCAAGGUGGAGAAGUCUAUCGUGGGCAUGAAGACAGUGCUGUCUGUGCCCCACCGCCGCCUGGUCUGCUGCAGCCGGCUCUUCGAGGUGACCGAUGUGAACAAGCUGCAGAAACAGGCCGCACAUCAGAGGGAAGUGUUCCUCUUCAACGACCUGCUGGUGAUUCUGAAACUUUGCCCGAAGAAGAAGAGCUCCUCCACCUAUACCUUCUGCAAGUCAGUCGGCCUGCUGGGCAUGCAGUUCCAUCUUUUUGAGAAUGAGUAUUACUCUCACGGCAUCACGCUGGUGACCCCACUCUCGGGCUCUGAGAAGAAGCAGGUGCUGCAUUUCUGUGCCCUGGGCUCGGACGAGAUGCAGAAGUUUGUGGAGGAUCUGAAGGAGUCCAUCGCUGAGGUUACAGAGCUGGAGCAGAUCCGGAUAGAGUGGGAGCUGGAGAAGCAGCAGGGAGCAAAGACGCUCUCCUUCAAGUCCAGCGGGGCGCAGGUGGACCCGCAGUCGAAGCAAGGAUCGCCUACAGCCAAAAGGGAAGCCGCGCUGGGGGAGAAGCCGGCGGAGAGCACGGUGGAGGUGUCAAUUCACAACAGGCUUCAAACGUCUCAGCACAACCCCGGGCUGGGGGCCGAGAGGGGAGUGCCGGCGCCACCGCCAGACCCGCAGCCUAGCCCCCUGAGGGAGCAGCCCCCGCCGCUGCCGCCGCGGCCACCCACGCCCCCUGGGACCCUGGUGCAGUGCCAGCAGAUUGUCAAGGUCAUUGUGCUGGACAAGCCCUGCUUGGCCCGCAUGGAGCCCCUGCUGAGCCAGGCCCUCUCCUGCUACGCCUCGUCCUCCUCCGACUCCUGUGGCUCCACACCCCUGCGUGGCCCGGCCUCCCCGGGCAGGGUCAUGCACCAGCCUCCGCUGCCCCCGCCCCCACCCCCCUACAACCACCCCCACCAGUACUGCCCGCCCGGUUCCCUGCUGCCCCGGCGCCGCCACUCCAGCGGCUCCAGGAGCCUGGUGUAGACUCUGUCCCUGCCCAACCCCGCGCUCAUGUCCCCGGGAGGGCUGGCCGCCGGGGGCGGGGGGCUCAGCUACAGCCAGCAGCCCCAACCGCCCCUUCGCUCGCUGCUCCCCACGCCUGGCACGAUGCACUCCUGGUCGCUGAGCACCAUCGUUUUGGAAAGAGAGCCUCAGUCCCUGGCACCUGGGUUUCACCUCGCCCCAACAUGCUUCCCUUGUCCGAGCACCCCUCUCCCGAAUCUGGAGAUCCCACCUCACUCUGCUGGGGCCCGACACAGCAAGGCACGUCCAGGCCUCCUCUUCCUCCUGCCACCACUCUGGCCACUUGGACCAUGGACUGAAGCAAGCAG